AUGAGUUAGGCUUGAUAACAGCGCCCCCAGCCCACAGUAAUGUCGAGAAUCUCGUGCCAUGCAGGGCCCCCAUUUAUAGAUACCCAGAAAAAGCAAAGGAGCUAAUAGCAGAGAUUAUAGAGGACCUAGCGCAGAGAGACUUAAUAGAACCAUCUACCGCCGCCUGGGUCACAAAUAGGUCUGUAAACCGUCCGGCGAGAAAAUGUGCCUAGAUUACCGCAAGGUUAAUACCCAUUUAGCAGCAGACAUACACCCUCUACCUAAACUUGAGGCACUAGUAGAGAGUGUCGGGACAGCAAUACUAUGCCACCUUAGAUAUGAAAGAUGCAUACUAUAAAGUGCUUUUAGAUGAACCAAGCCGGGAUUUAACCACAUUUACUGAGGGGAUUAAUCUAUACAGAUAUAAAAGGUUACCCUUUGGUUUGUCUUGUUCCCCAGCUGUUUUUAGUAGACAGUUGCAAACCGCCCUGCCAGCCCUUACACACGCCCCCCAUAGUACAUUAUCACCAUCCAGUUUCUUAAUACUGUCUCAAGUGGUUCACACGGAAAUCCUCCCACCUUCCAUAAUUAAUCACACAAGUAACGCCCUUCUGGUCACAAACCUCGGAACGAGUGUUCACUUGUCCUGAGGCCUUACCAUCCGGGACCAGCGCUCGGGAAUGUAGACUUCUACCACGCUACCACAUACCAGCACAACCAGUGGUCGUCAAAAGGGGAUGUAGCGACACCCAUAAACAAGAAAACAAUAGGGAGAGAACGCUAAAGUUAUAAUUAUUAGGCGACUGCACUUCUUAUUAUGACCUGUUCCGCUUUGUAUCGCCUCUCUAUACACUCACUCUCAACUGAUGUUUUCUGUUCUUUUCUUCCCCUGAUUUUGCUUUUUUGGUCUUGUUCGUCUGUUUCUCCCCUUUAGUUGACUUUUCUGCUGCUCCUGUUUGCCAUUUUUCCAGGCCAUCAAUGAGUCUCUUGAUAUCUUUAACUCUUAUUCUGUUCCAAUCAUUUUCAAGAUUUUUUCUCCUCUUCCAUCUAGCUAUUUAUUUCCUCCAUGUGGAUGUUGUUCUGUCCUGUUAUCACCAUUUUACCCAUCUGAGGAGAAAUCUCAAGCCUCCUGUGACAUCAAGAUCAAGGUCAAGAUCAGACUGGACUGUUUACAUCCCUGAGAGGACAAAAAUGGCCUAACUAACCCCCCAAAACACUGAAGAAGAGGGAGAAUAAAUCACUGAAGGCUGGAAAAGGAAAGAGGAUUAAGGUGUGGAGGCCGAGGAGGCGAAAUAAAGAGUCAGAGGUCCACAGAAGAGGAAGAAGAAGAAAGUGGCCGGCCGGGGUUACCCUUCAAGCUGGACUCUCAACAGGAAGACCCAAUUCAUGAAGAAUGCUGGUGUUGGUAGCAUUCAGAAAGGUGAAGUCUGUCCUCCUGCUGCUGCUGACUCUGGUUCGGCGCUGUUUCUGUUGUCUGCGGAAGAGGCGGAUAUCUGAGACGCACCUCCCCAUUGCUGUGUCCAUAGGAGCAGACCCCAGCCUUGGCACACAGCCUGGACAGCACAAUGAAGAAACCCUUGGAACCUGGGAUUCCUGGGACGUCCCCUCCGCCGUGGUGAGCGACGGGGGAGGACGGUCAGCCCCACCGUCCCAAGCGUCAAUCCUGCAGCAGCAGAUCAACCAGUACAGGCUCAGCCAGCAGAGGAAGAUGCAAGAGCCAGAGCCAGAGCCAGAACCUGAGCCAAAUUACUUUGAGCUUGGUGAUGUCCUCUUGAGGAAAUCCGGAGACAAGGGGUUAAGAACACUUCUAUUCCAGGACCUUGCACCCAGCAUAGAGAAGAAGCCGCAAGUGGUGAUACUAGAACGCCCCGAGGAGGAGCAGCAGGUGUCCAACAGGCUGUCCAUAUCCCUCUCGGACCCCAUCCUGCAGUCCUCCGAGCUGGGGGAAUGGGACGACACAGGGGGUGGCUGGGAGGACGAGGCUGAGGAGGAGGCCGACCUCGAUGCUGUCCUGCGGGAGAAGCGACAGCUGGAAAGGGAGCGGCGGAGACAGGAGCAGCUGCGACGCAAGGCCGAGAAGGAGGCAGCACGCACAAGCAAGCUCUCCAGCUGCAAGAUCGCCACCAAGCUGUCCUAGAAGACUGGGAUGCGUGCACCUGACUGAAGGAUCUUACAACACUGGAUUUUUUUCUCUGGUGGAGUGAUGGGUGAUUUUAACCGGGAUGCAAGACCAGUGAAUAUGUGUCUCUUUGCAGGGUUUCCUCUCUCCUACCGGUCAUCAUGCAUCAUCGGCAGUCAUUUCUCCUCCAUCUGUGGACUGUCAUGGGUUUUUUUUCUGAUUCGAUUCUUCUCAGAGUUUCCUUUGUUUUUAUGUAUGCAAUGAAAAAUUCUUGGUAUUUGCAUAUGCACUGUUUGCUGUGGUGUUUGUGAACUUUGUAUGUGCAGUACAAAUUGUAUCAUUUGUGUGUUUUAUAUUUCUACGCACCAAACUUGUCGUUGUUGAAUUUUAGUUUGUGCCUCGUGUUAUGUUGAACAUGUAUCCCUGUUUCAUCAACAUACAAGUAAUGGUUAUAUGAGCACAUACACAUUUUAGAUAUAGAUAUAUGUAAAUGAGUUGGGAUUUUCGGUAAUAUGAUACUGUCGAUAGCAAUGCCUCAUGUCUUCAAGAACAGGCCAUAUAGAGUAGUGUUACAGUGAUGUGGGUCCUUGAAGCCAGCCCCAUAAUUAUAGUAGCUCAUUUAUGAUUAUGGAUUUGCACUCUUU